AUGUCGUCGUUCGCCGGCGUAUCCGUCCUCGCCGACGGCGGGCUGUGCCCCGCGACCGAGUCGUUCGUCGACACCGGCACGGACUGCGGGUACCACCUGCUGGUGGUCCAGGACUACCGGCGCACUAAGCAGGAGGCACCCACCGGCGACAGCAUCACCUCCCGCCCAUUCACCGUCGGAGGCCACGACUGGUACCUCCACUACUACCCCAACGGCGAGAACCUGAGCUGCGCCGACUACGUCUCCCUCAGCGUUUCCCGCCUGUACGACGACGAGGGGGCCGACGAGGUCGUGGACACCAAGUUCGGGUUCAGUUUCGUCGACCAGGUCGAGAAGCAGAAUCCAGUGUACAUCCGUGGAACCGAAACGUGCAGCUUCCCCUUACCCGGUUCUUCGUGGAGCUGCGACAAGUUCGUCAGGAGACACGCCCUCGAACGAUCGGCAAAUCUAAGGGGCGACUGCUUCACCAUCCGGUGCGACAUCAUGGUUGUCCACGACACCAAGGGCGGCGAUGGCGAGGCGCUCCUGCCUGACAUACACCGGCAUUUCGGCGAUCUCUUUCAAACCAAUUUGGGUGCUGAUGUGACAUUCGAGGUCUGUGGUGAGAUGAUUGCUGCACACAGAUGCGUGCUUGCUGCCCGGUCUAAAGUCUUCAGGGCACAGCUCUUUGGCCCCAUGAAGGAGGGCAGUGCUACUACUACAUCCAGUGUCAUACAGAUCAAAGACAUGGAAGCAAACAUAUUCAGAGCCUUGCUUAGCUUUGUCUACACAGACUCAUUCCCCGCGAUGCAUGAGGACAGCAUGGAGGAGGAUGAAACGUCACACCUUGUGGAACAUGGACAAGGAGAGGAAGCUCUAGAAGACAAAAUGUCAGAAGCUGCGGAACAAGGACAAGGAGAGGAAGCAAUAGAGGACAAAAUGUCAGAAGUUGCGGAACAAGGACAAGGAGAGGAAGCAGUAGAGGAUGAAACACGCGUGCAAUGGCUGCAGGACUUGUUUGUAGCGGCAGACAGAUAUGAUCUCCAACGGCUCAAGUUCAUCUGCGAAAAACAGCUAUCUGAGCUCAUAGGUGUCAGCUCAGUGGCGUCCACCCUUGCUCUAGCUGAGCGGCACCACUGCCGCGGAUUGAAAGAGGCGUGCAUUAAGUUUAUCCAAGUCCAGUCUCCCUCAUGUUUGCAAACAAUAAUGGCGACCGAUGGCUGGGAGCAUAUAAUCACGACCUAUCCCUCUGUUUUGAACGAGCUCAUUGCCGAGGUUAUUGCUUUGAACCAGCAGACUUUAUCACUCUUUACUAAGAUCUGA